ACAUGCGUGUCCGCUAGAAAAGCCUCAGACUCUUACCACUCUUUCUCUCUCUCUCUCUCUAUGUCUUGAAACCGAAGUGCCUCAAAAUUAGCUCCUUUUCCACUCUGAAUCACUCUAUUUAUAUUGGGUCUUUCCUCCAGCUCCUUCUGAGUUUCUGGUAUUGAAUUGAGUUCAGAAGAGGUCAUAGAUACAAGACAUGUCUGGUGUUGAGUCUGGUGACCACCACAACAUCAAAGGGGUACCAACUCAUGGUGGACGCUACAUUCAGUACAAUAUCUAUGGCAACCUCUUCGAAGUUUCCAGAAAGUAUGUCCCUCCUAUUCGCCCUGUGGGUAGAGGUGCUUAUGGUAUUGUUUGUGCUGCUGUAAAUGCGGAGACAGGAGAGGAAGUUGCCAUUAAGAAGGUUGGCAAUGCAUUUGACAACAGAAUAGAUGCCAAGAGGACCUUACGAGAAAUUAAACUUCUUCGGCACAUGGAUCAUGCAAACAUUAUGUCUAUUAGAGAUAUUAUACGACCUCCUCAGAAGGAAAACUUCAAUGAUGUAUACCUUGUUUCCGAGUUAAUGGACACAGAUCUCCAUCAAAUAAUACGUUCCAAUCAACCACUGACUGAUGAUCAUUGUCGGUAUUUUCUGUAUCAAUUGCUUCGAGGACUCAAAUAUGUACAUUCAGCAAAUGUGUUGCACCGUGAUCUAAAGCCUAGCAAUUUGCUAUUGAAUGCCAAUUGUGACCUCAAGAUUGCCGAUUUUGGCCUUGCUAGAACUACAUCUGAAACUGAUUUUAUGACUGAGUAUGUGGUCACUCGAUGGUACCGAGCUCCUGAAUUGCUUCUUAAUUGUUCAGAAUAUACCGCAGCCAUUGAUAUAUGGUCUGUUGGUUGCAUACUUGGAGAAAUCAUAACAAGACAACCACUCUUUCCUGGCAAAGAUUAUGUUCAUCAGCUGAGACUGGUCACUGAGCUGAUUGGUUCACCCGAUGAUGCAAGCCUUGGAUUUCUACGAAGUGAUAAUGCUCGUAGAUAUGUAAAACAGCUUCCCCAGUAUCCAAAGCAAAACUUUUCUGCUAGAUUUCCCAACAUGUCUCCUGGUGCUGUUGAUUUGCUGGAGAAGAUGCUUAUCUUUGAUCCUAACAGGCGUAUUACAGUUGAUGAGGCAUUGAGCCACCCAUACAUGGCACCUCUCCACGACAUCAAUGAGGAACCUGUUUGCACUAGACCCUUCAGUUUUGACUUUGAGCAACCGUCAUUCACUGAAGAAGAUAUCAAGGAACUCAUCUGGAGAGAAUCUGUGAAGUUCAAUCCUCAUCCACCAGUCUACUGAGAUUUUGUUUUUAUGUUGUAUAUGCUUAGCGAAAUACCUGAUAACUAAUAUACGUUAUGACACUACUUUGGCAAGUUGCAGAGCACCACAGAACAUGAAACAUAUUGGACAUAUCUGAGGUUGUUGUGAGGUUUCUUUCAUUUCAGUCUCAUCUCAGAUUCUUGGAUAAUCAUAUUGUUGUACUGUACUGAGGAAAGGAUCAGAAGAUGUGCAGCUUUACUCAGUUUUUCAGCUGAAUAUUCUUGAGCUCCAACUCCUUGUUGCACUUCUAUCCUUCAUUUUAGACUCCAGGACCGUGCACUGAACUCAUCUUGCCAGUUUUUCAUCAUUCACACCAAGAUAAAUACACAACUUUUCAUUUGUGUGGACAGACAUUAUCCCAUGUUCCCAUUGUAUGACAUAAAAUGUAAUGGUUUGUUAGUAUUCGAAUAAUUUAAAAUAAUUUAAAAAAUUUCUUAAGUCA